GUGUCAGCCACGUGCUUUGACGGCGCAAGUAAGCCUAAUGAAAACGGCACGGAACAUAAUAUGAAUUCGUCGAUUUCAUGGUUCAGGGGCAUUGAAUGAAGAGCUUUGAAUAGUCCAUUCAGCAGCACAUAAAAAUGAUGUCUGCUGACUGAUGGCUGCGAUGAAGCACAGACCAAACACAUCCUUGACAACAACAGUUAACUUUUGAUCACAGUCAUCUGAGAGACAAACUGCUGGAAAAAAACCAACAAAUCUUUGGUAUAUUCAGUAACACACAACCAACAAAAUGAAUUGUGUGCUACAAAAUUUUGGAAGGAACCUUUUGCAAUUGAAACAACUGAAAUGUAUACAGAUUGUUGCAUUAUCUAAGGUUCCAUACAAUCAAAAUUAUGCAUUGCAAAGACGCCAGGUGGUAUUAAGAUUGAAGGAAUUGAAAAGGUUGGAACAUUAUAGAAUGAAAGAGAAAAAAAAGAAAGAAGAAAGUCGAAGAAAACAAAUGCUCCUGCCACCAGCUGAAUUUAAACUGAACUGGAAUCCUUUACUAUCAAAGAAGGCAAAUGUUUUGAAUUUCUUUAAAAGUGAAGGACUUACGUUUCCUGCAGAGGAUAUUGACAAACAUAAGAACCAGUUGAAUGCUUUCAGUUUCAGUCGACUGGUUGCACUCCUCUGGCAUCUCAAACGGACAGGAGUGAAAUUUGACCAACUGAAUAUAAAGAAAAUUUUAACCUUCAAAUAUUACGGAAGGAUUUAUCCCAAAUCUCAAACGUCCGUUCACGGUGAAUUCUAUGAAUAUUUGACAGAACCCAGAAUAGAUAAAGAACUCAAAGAGCUUAUUGUUGUGCAUGAAAAAGAUGUUACAGAAAAUUUGAAAUGUUUAAAUAGUUUUGGGUUUAGUUUUGAAGAAAUAGCAUCAUGCCCAUUAGUGGUUUGUCACUCUCCAGAGGUUUUGUUGGUCUAUCUAUAUAGUCUUCAGAAACGACAAGAACUUCAGCCGUUCGAAGAGCUUGGCAAGGAUAAGAAAAAGGUCAUUAAUUUGAUUCAGUAUUACAUAGAAAAGAAUCACAGCUUCACCACACAAGUUGUCAAGGAGGAUCGGCAAGCAUUCUUAAGUUAUGAGUUAGAUGUCUCCAAUCAGUGAUUAAGUGAUUCUUCAGUUUUGUUUUCAUAGACAGCAUUAUUUAGGCUACAUUUUCCCCAAAUCGCUGCAUAUCCCCUCUUCAAUUUAUUAUUACAAUCAAAGUUGAUAUCAAAGUUUUACUUUAUACACAAACGAUGUAGGUAUUGAAUGUGUCUCAGCGUUUUGAGACUGACUGGUCACUGGCUGGUCCCUUUGUCAAGCAAUGACUGGGACUAUGACAAAGGAACCAGUCAGUCUCGAAACUGUUUAAUACCUACAUUGUUUGUGUAUAAAGUUUAACUUUUACAUUACAUAUUUCCAAACUGAUGAAUCCUGCUGAAAAUGUUUUUUUAAUGUGUUUUUUUUAUCAGAAGUAUCAUUCGUGCAUCAUAGAAGAACUAAUGCCUGAAUUAAAACAAAAGGAUCUCAUGUUUUUCUGGCCACUCUAACUGUAAAAGUUUAACCCUUUCACCCCUGUAGACCAUAAUGGAUUCAUCACAAUAAAUGCAUGGAAGAGUCCACUAAAGUUACC